CCGAGUGAACACCACCAGCGUCAUAGCCAGCUUCAGGAUUGAUGUGACGAUGUACGACGCUCAUCACUUUCCUUGAACGAACAGUCCCUGGCACGCAGCGCGUCAUUACAAGGCCGUGAUUGGUGGGCUCCCAGUUUCCCUGGAUCGUCGUUGGCUAGACCCUCGAGACACCCUUGAGGAUUAGUCUACCCUACACCACUUCUUGACGUCACUGCGAUAAUCCGGCAGGAAACAUGGCUUCAAUGCGUGCAAGCAGGUUUGAUGCUCGACAAGCCAGGUCAUAAACGACUAUUCUGGGCAUCAUGGUGUCCUCGGUGAAACGUAAAAGGCGAUGAACAACCCAGUUGCGAGGAACGGGUGUCAUUAUUCUAUUUUCAUCAAACGUUAACUUCACGUACUCCCUGGUUACUUGUGGCGUCACUACAAAACUACAACUAACAGCAAACACACUUAACAUGCCCUUCUUCGGCAGUCGACGGGAGCCUUCGCCCGAGCCGGUCGUUGAGCCGGAGCCAGCCUACGAAGCACCCCGAAAACAAGGCAGCUUCUUCCACCGUCGUGAACCGUCUCUCGAGCCAAUCCAAUCGCCCGUCUACGACGAGCCCAAGAAGAACGGCUUCUUCUCCCGGCGUGAACCUUCGCGGGAAACGGUCCCGGAGCCCGUCCAUGAGGAAACACCAAAGAAACACGGCCUCUUCCAACGCCGCGAUCCCUCGCCUAGCCCCACAACAAGCACCCGCUCGACCGGCCGCCGCACAUCGCUGAGCUCCGUGUCGACGUACCACACGGCCGGCCACAACGAAGGCGGCCUGGGGCUCUUCCGGCGGGGCACGGAUGCGAGCUCGUCGACGCAGCGCCGGGGGAUGCUGCGGCGGAGCUUCGGCAACGGCAACGGCAACAUGCACCACGAGGACGACCCCAGCGUGCUCGACGCCCGCCAGCGCGUGCAGAACGCCGAGGCCAUGGAGCGCGAGGCCGACCGCGCGCUGGAGGAGGCCCGCGCCAGCGUGCGCGACGCCCGCGAGCAGGUCAAGCGGCUCGAGGUCGAGGCGCGCGAGGAGGCGCGCCGGGCCAAGAUUAAGCAGCACCAGGCGCGCGAGGUGUCGAAGCUGGGCAAGGCGCUGGGACGACAUGGGCCGUAAGAAAAAGAGCCGAGAUGGAAACGGGUUUCUUGAGAAUUUCCCGAUGUGGCGCUGGACGAGGGUGAGAUUGGUCUGAUCUCAGUUGAGCUUCUCAGUUGAGUUGUGUAAUUUGGACCGGGGGAGUGAGUCACUUCUUCUUUAUGGAAUUUAGUCUUUCUGGCUACUAUUUAUUUAUGCUUAUGAACACGUCCAAAGAAGCUGGUACUUCUUGAGAAUAGAAACAAAAAAGAAUACACAAAGAUCAAAGAUGCAAUUACACAGGACCCUUGCAGCGAACCAGAAUAGAACCCACGACGCGCAUUCACCGGCACCGCGAGGCCGAACUCCUAGGUUUAGCAACGGCGGAUAGGCAAAUCCGGCGUUGAAGACGCGCCCCGUGGUUUCCGAUAGUCCGAGCCUGGUCCAUGGGAGCCCGGUGUGGAAAUGCCAUACUACGUAAAAUGAGAUUCUCGCCGCCUGUGGUUGGAUCGUCUGCGCGGGCGAAAUUGGAUGGG